AGAGAGAGAGAGAGAGAGAGAGAGCAUUGAAGUUUGAUGUUGGCCUCAACCCAGGAUCCAUCUGUCUGCCCUUCUGUCUCUCUCCUUUUUUAUUCUAUUCCCAUAUAUAUAUAUAUUUAUAUGUAUAUAUAUACACACACACUGACACACACACACAUCCUGUCAUCCCACACACAUUACAUUACUUAUAUUUCUCCAUUCUCAUAAACUCUUCACUCUUCUUCAGUCUUUCUUUCACCACCUCUCUCUCUCUCUCUCUCUAGAUCUCUUUCUCUCUCUUCAAUACACACAGAGAAAUGACGAUGAUGAGCAGCAGCAACAAUGGCGGGAGCGUGCAGAGCAUGGGAGACACAUCGUUGACCAAAGUCUUCGUGGGAGGAUUAGCAUGGGAGACUCCCAAGGAAUCCAUGAGGGACCACUUCCACAAGUACGGCGAUAUUCUCGAGGCCGUCAUCAUCUCCGACAAGCUCACCGGCCGAUCCAAGGGCUACGGCUUCGUUACUUUCAAGGAUGCCGACGCCGCUAAGAGAGCUUGUGAAGAUCCCUCUCCGAUCAUCAACGGCCGCCGUGCCAACUGCAAUCUCGCCGCCCUUGGUGCCCGCCGUCCUAGAUCCUCCUCCACCACCGCCGCCGCCAGUAACAACAACAACACUCCUCCUCAACAGGGAGUGAAUGUUGGACCAAGGGCUAGAGGGUCAACGACACCACCUCCUAGUCACGUGCAAUGGUACUAUCCAGCGGGUACACCUGCGGCGGCUGCAGCGGCGGCUCCUCCCUUCCACCCGCAUCAGCACCACCACCAAGCGGCGGUUCCGUUCUACGGCUACUCUCCUACCUACAUUGCAACAACCGACAUGAAUUACAAUCAUAAGCUAGGUUACAAUGGUGGGUCCUACAUGAAUGGGCAUUAUAGUCAAUUGUACCAGGGGCAGGCUAUGGUAGGUGCGAACACACUGAUUCAACCGAUGUACCCUCUCUAUUUCCACCAAUCACAGACAAUGGGCCUUCCUGCCCACGUGUACUCACCCACGCCAGCUGGCCCAAUACCCACUCUCAUUUCCAAGCCCACUUCUAUUGCCCCUCCUAAUGCUGCGGUUUGUCUGGCUGUGGAAUAAAUAGGUACAUUUUGGAGAAAAAUGGUGGUUAAGAGCAAUUAGGGGGAAAAGGGCAAAAGAGGAAAAUAAGUACAACAAAUAGGGGAGAGUGAUUGCUGCUCAGAACAAAACUAUUAUCAUAUCUGUAGUGGCUCUUUCUUUCCAAUUUUUAUUUUUUUUUAUUUUUUUUUUAUUUUCAUUUUUUUAUUUUUAGGAAUCUAAUUCAUUCAUUGUUAUUAAUUAUUAUUAUUAUUAUUAUUAUUAUUAUUAUUAUUAUUAUUAUUAUUAUUAUUAUUAUUAUUAUUAUUAUUAUUAUUAUUAUUAUUAUUAUUAUUAUUAUUGUUAUGAUUUGUUUCUCUAACAUGUAAUGCUGCAUCUAGGAAAUAUAAUUGUAACAAUUGACAUGUAAUGAUUAUUCUCAUGCUUUAUGAGAUGAUUUUUUCAUGGCUUAAUUAAUUGAACUCAUUAAUAAUUAUUUUCUCUUA